AUGAAAUUUUGGGAAUCGCGGGAAGAGGGUUCACAUUCAAUGGACGUGAAUUGUGUUGUCCAAAGGGUGGGUUGUGGAAGAGGGGCCUUGGAGGAGAAGCUGCUUUCCAAAGCUGUGUGGAAGAGUGGAUCCUUGAGCUGUGCAGGGAACAGACUACGUCAGCAAAGGAUGGACUAUGUCCAUGACCUCUUCAGUUCGGUUCAAUUCAGUCCAGUCGCUCAGUCAUGUCAUGAUCUCUUAGAUCUAUAUUCAAAUAAAGAGCGGCUGGACUUCCCAGUGGUCCAGAGGUUGAGAAUCCACCUGCCAAUGCAGGGAACGUGA